CCGAUUAAAGUCGCAAUAACCAAUAUAAAAAUAGUAUUUAACAAUUUUUAAUAAAUUCUUCAUUUCUUGGCCACACUCCUCCAAACAGUCCCACUCUCUCCUCUCACUCCUUCAAAAUACACUAAAAAAGGUAACACUUCCAUUAACCGCCAUGAAUACUACUACUUUGCUUUCUUCUUACCCAUCUCUAUUAUUCUUCUCUUAUCUUACGAUUCAAACCUCCUUACUCUGUCUUUUCUUAAUAAGGUUCCCAUUUCUUUUUCCUAUUUAUUAACCCAUUUACGUUCCUUUCUUGUAUUACUCACUUCCCCAAACCCUUUUUUAUCCUUUAAAAAAUGUCCAAGCUUCAAUCUCAAGAAGAAGUAGAUACCCAUCAGAGUAUUCUUCUUGAAAUGGAAGUUUUUAAUAAGUUUAAACGGUUUAGAUUCUUUGAACCUUCAGUUAACAUUAUAGGGUUUUUUGUCGUCAUUGUUUGUGCUAUUUGUUGUUUCUUGUAUUUAGAUUAUAGAGGUAUUGUUAGUGGGUUGCAUUUUGGUUUUGAUUCUCAGAGGUUUCAAUGGCUGCAAAAUGAACCCAUUUUUGAUUCAAGUAAAAGGGUUGAGUUUUUGAAUGAAAUGGGUAAAGAUUGUGAUGUUUUUGAUGGGGAUUGGGUUUGGGAUGAUGAUUAUCCUUUGUAUCAUUCUGAAAAUUGUGAGUUUAUGGAUAUUGGGUUUAGGUGCUCUGAAAGUGGUCGUCCUGAUAAGUUUUAUACUAAGUGGCGUUGGCAGCCUAAACAUUGCAAUUUGCCCAGAUUUGAUGCAAGACUGAUGUUGGAAAAGAUAAGGAACAAACGCAUAGUUUUUGCAGGAGACUCGAUAGGGAGGAACCAGUGGGAAUCACUUCUUUGUAUGCUUGCAUCUGCUGUUCCUGAUCAGAAAACAAUCUAUGAAGUAAACGGACAUCCUAUUACAAAACACAAAGGAUUCUUAAUCUUUAAGUUUGAAAACUAUAAUUGCACAGUUGAAUAUUAUCGCUCUCCUUUUCUUAUCUUGCAAGGACGACCCCCUGCUGGAGCCUCAGUAACCGUCAGGUCUACAUUAAGAUUAGAUGAGAUGGAUUGGAAUUCUGUUAAGUGGAAGGAUGCCGAUGUUCUUAUUCUCAACACCGGACAUUGGUGGAACUACGAGAAGACUCUUAGAGGAGGUUGUUACUUUCAACUUGGGGCAGAAGUGAAAACAAAUGUUAGCGUAGAUGGUGCCUACCGCAGAUCCCUGGAGACCGUCCUUGACUGGAUUGAAAACGAAGUAAAUACAAGCAAGACUCAUAUUUUCUUUCGCACCUAUGCGCCUGUACAUUUCAGAGGUGGUGAUUGGAAAACUGGAGGAUCCUGUCACAUGGAAAACCUCCCAGAGCUCCAAGAUUCUCUGAGCUCGUCCAAAACAUGGCCGAAACUUAAUAUAGCCACUCAACUAUUAGCAUCCCGGAGUAAUCAGCCCAAACUUAGGGACAUAAGUGUGCUGAACAUUACGGCAAUGUCUUCUAGAAGGAAGGACGGUCAUUUGUCGUUGUAUUACCUGGGUCCUACCGCAGGACCAGCAUCCAUUCACCGACAGGAUUGUAGUCACUGGUGCCUGCCUGGGGUUCCUGAUUCUUGGAACGAGUUGCUAUUUGCGUUGCUACUCAAACAUGAUGUGUCGCACACGUGGAAUUCGACAUCUCGAACGCAGGAUGUAUGAUAUACAAAUGCAUAUUGCAUUGGAGAUUUUGCAGGGGAAUACAGUGAGUGAAUGCUAGAGGCAACAUCUGACUCGUAAAUAGUUAUAAUUUUUGGUUAUUUAUAUAGAUUGUAAGAAGUGAGAGGGCCUAAUGAACUAUGGAAUGUGCACUAUUACAAUGUUUGUAUUAUGAGGUGGAUGUAAUAUUUUGUAACGUGAUUACGAUUACUAAAUAAAAUUCGAGUUUUUUUUCCGAAAUACUGUUCUACUUGUACCAAAUAGCGAGAGUUGUUGAUGAUGAAUGAGUGAAUCAAAC